AUGCAGCAAUCAGAACAUGAACGAAGAAUCCGCGAAGUGUGGGAAACGACUCAAGAAAACCUCGAAACUGCUGUAGGAACAGCCUACUCGCGAUGGACAAAUGUUAAUAAUCACUAUGUGAAUCCAACUGUAGAGUCCAUCAGCUCUUGUACAAGGGGUUGUUUCAGCUGUUUUCCAGAUACUAGAAGAAGACCUGGCAGCCAUCGAAGGAACUCGAUGGACUUCUUUGAUAUGUAUGAUGAAGAAGGCGAGUUUGGCAGAGACGAACUUGAUAGACUAAUAAGUGAGGACCAGAUUGACGGCUACGACGAUUUCGGUCCUGAAGACCCUGUAUAUGAACGACAGCCCGAAGGCGCAGCACGACCAGGUAGCAUUAAUGAGCAUUCAGGAGCCUCAGGUGGAGCUCCGGCUAUUUCUCACGUGCUGAGAGAUACAAAAAAGUCAUUUCUAUCUAUAUUUGGAUCAUUGAUGCCAUUAUGGGCACAACCUCCAUCAUUACGGUACAAACCCUCAACAGCAGGAUUAAGAGGAGUAAGACCAGCCAACCGAAGUCGGUCAUCCACAAAAUCGUCAGUUCAGUCUUCAGAAACAUUCCGGUCUCGAACAGAUCUAUUCAGCGACGAAGAGUAUGAAGACGCGCAGAUGGUCAGCGACAAUUUUGCUGCCGCGCUUGUGUUUGGUCGCAGUAGAGGCGGUACCAUGGGCAGUCGGUCGUCCCUAAACAGUGGGAAAAACAGUGCUGACACAAAAAGCAUCGACAGCCGGAGGUCUGACUCGACAAAAUCAAUUAGAGACCCUGCUGAAUCGUCUGCGGCAGCAACAGCUGCUGCUGCUGCUAAAGACACGACAAAAGAAAUAUCAGAAGACCGAGGGUCCAAAGACGAAACUGAAGCAUUAAAAACAACAACAUCAUCAUCCGCAUCUCUAACGACGACAACUCCCACCUCGACAACUGUAAUAGAGAUAGGAGCUACCGACGAAGAGCUCCGAGCCGAAGAAGCGCAAGCAGAGCUCGAAGAAGAGCGCGAGAUCGAACAGAACCGCCGAGCUGCCCAAACUCUGGCCGCGAACAAAGGUCUCCAAGUAGCACACCAACCUUCUCCCACACCCUAG